AUAGUCACACAGCAUGUAGUCUCAGUCUCUCCAUGGCUUCCUCACAGCCUGCAGCACUUCCUUCCUGGCUCCCAGCAUGCCUUGCAGCAGCUUCCUGGCUUGCCUCUGAACUGCAACUCUCAGCAGCAGAACUGCAACUCUCUGCAGCAACUUCAGCUUGGUCACCCAGGGUAUUCACUUGCUUGGGAGACUCCAUUACAGAUGGAACACUGCAUGUAGAGACAUGCACGCCAAUCCUGCCAGCGCUCGGAUACUCAUCAAAGGAGGGAAAGUAGUGAACGAUGACUGUACCCAGGAGGCUGACGUUUAUAUAGAGAAUGGAAUAAUCCAGCAGAUCGGGAAGGAGCUGAUGAUCCCUGGUGGAGCCAAGGUUAUUGAUGCUACAGGGAAGCUUGUGAUCCCGGGAGGAAUAGACACCAGCACCCACUUCCACCAAACCUUCAUGAAUGCCACCUGCAUGGACGACUUCUACAAUGGGACCAAGGCAGCUCUCAUGGGCGGCACCACCAUGAUUAUUGGACAAGUUCUGCCCGACAAGGACGUGUCUCUCCUCGACGCCUACGAGAAGUGCCGCAGCCUGGCCGACCCCAAGGUUUGCUGUGACUACUCCCUGCACAUGGGCGUUACCUGGUGGAGCCCCAAGGUGAGGGCUGAGAUGGAGACCCUGGUGCGAGAGAAAGGGGUGAAUUCCUUCCAGAUGUUCAUGACCUACAAGGAGCUCUACAUGCUGAGGGACCACGAGCUCUACCAAGUCUUCCGCCACUGCAAAGAUCUGGGGGCCGUGGCUCGUGUCCACGCUGAGAAUGGGGAUUUGGUGGCAGAGGGUGCUAAGGAGGUGUUGGAACUGGGGAUCACUGGCCCUGAGGGAAUUGAGAUCAGCCGACCCGAAGAGCUGGAAGCAGAGGCCGUACACCGAGCAAUAACCAUCGCUAACAGGACUUUCUGCCCUUUAUACCUGGUCAAUGUGUCCAGUAUUUCAGCAGGAGAUGUCAUUGCCGCAGCCAAGAUGCAAGGUAAAUCAGUAUACGGAGAGACCACCACAGCCCACUCUACCCUGAAUGGACUUCAUUACUACCACCAGGAGUGGUCUCACGCCGCCGCCUAUGUUACUGUCCCACCACUGCGCCUGGACACUAACACACCCAACUACCUCAUGAGCCUGCUGGCCAAUGACUCGCUCAAUGUGGUGUCUUCAGACCACAGAACCUUCACCACCAAACAGAAAGCCAUGGGCAAGGAGGACUUCACCAAGAUUCCUCACGGCGUUGGAGGGGUGCAAGACCGCAUGAGUGUUAUAUGGGAGAGAGGAGUGGUCGGGGGGAAGAUGGAUGAGAACCGAUUUGUGGCAAUAACCAGCUCCAAUGCAGCCAAAAUACACAACAUGUACCCAAGGAAAGGGCGCAUUAUCCCAGGUGCUGAUGCAGAUAUAGUGGUGUGGGAUCCUGAGGCGACCAGGACCAUCUCUGCCAGCACCCAGGUCCAAGGUGGAGAUGUGAAUCUGUAUGAGAACAUGAGAUGUCACGGAGUCCCCUUGGUCACCAUUAGCCAUGGCCGCGUAGUCUAUGAGAAUGGAGUGUUCAUGUGUGCGGAAGGAUCUGGUUGUUUCUUCCCCAUGAGGACUUACCCAGAUUUCCUUUACAAGAAGAUGGUGCAGAAGGAAAAGACAUCUAGCCAAAAAUGUGUAGACCGCACUCCGUACCAGGGGGAAGUUGCUGUGGUUGUAAAUUCUGGUAAAAAGGAAACAGGCAGUCCAAUGGCAGACACUCCAACACGACCAACCACUCGUCAUGGGGGCAUGAGAGACCUUCAUGAGUCAGGCUUCAGCCUAUCUGGUUCUCAGAUCGAUGAUCACGUCCCAAAGCGAGCCUCGGCCAGAAUCCUUGCACCUCCCGGAGGAAGAUCCAGUGGGAUCUGGUAAUCAGCAAUGAACCAACCUGUUUUCUGUUGCCCCCACUAUAUCACAGGUCUUCUGCGUCCUACUCUCCUGGGAGAGUCAAGCACUUCUGCAACUGUCUCAAACCCAUCACAUAAACUCACUGGUAUUGUGUAAGAAAAGAAGGUCCACUUUGCCUCAACACAACAUCUCAUCUCUGAACAUUCCUGCAAAGCCUUGGAAUCCCCCCCCUUGCCGCCAGUCUGAAGAGCAAGUCACAAGUUAAUUUGCCAUUGGCUCUGCUACUGUAUGGUGUCUGAAGAGCCUGUUUUUGCAAUAGUUGAAUUGACGUUGUCUUACCCUUUAAUGACAGUAGUAAUAUUUUGAUUAGUUUGGGGUGCAGGGCUCUUGUUAUUUGUGUAUGUCUGUAAGAAAUCAUUUCACAUGUGUGCGGAUGUUGUGGGUGUGAACCCCUUCAUGGCCAAAGGUGGAACCUCUCACUCUUCAGUAUCUGGAGAUAACGCUGAGCCGGAGGCCUCCUGUGAGAUUUGGAAACUUCAGAUUAUUGCAACAUGACCCACCCACGCUGCUGCCCUUAGUUUAGGGAUGUGUUAUGGCUUUUGUGAUUUAAACAGGAGUCAGGCAACAGGGGUGCUACCUUGGAGUUAGAGUAGUAGUACAAGUAUGGUUGGAGGGCAAGACCUAAUUUAUAUAAUCCCCCCGCUCCUCAGGUGUCAAUGGCCAACCCUGACUUUUGGCUUCUAAGAGUUGACCUUUUCUGGCCCUAAGAAUACCAGGGUGCCCCCAGCUUUAGCCUGAACCCCUCUUGUACUGUGUGCCCAAUAAGUAAUAGCAUCUGUGGGUUGGGCUUAGUAUAUUCCCUACCGCCAAGCAGGUCCAGGUUGCUAAAAAUCCCAGAGUUCCUUGCAUCCAGUUGCACAUAAUCCAUCAGACCAGUCUGGCGGGGUGCAUUGGUGCUGCCCAUUAAGGAGCAUGUAUGAAUGCAAGUACCUUUGUGGGUAAUGCCAGUGCUGCUCAGUGUGUGGCAUUUGUGUUAGUAAAUGAGCCCUACUGCAUUUGGCCAGUUUCUAGAUGGAGCAGAUACAUGGAAUAAGGAAGCUCAGGUUUCGGUCCAUAUUGUAGAACCCACUGUUUCAUUGGACGGAAGGGGCAGCUUCCUCCAUCCCUCACCUACUCCUAUUUCAUGACAAAGGGCUGCACUCCAAUCAUCAUUAAAUGCCUCAAGUAAAUGGAGUCCGACCAACUUGCUCCCAGCAAGAACCCCUGCCUUGCCCCCCUAUCACUUGAUUUCGUGUUGUGUAGGACCUCCUAUCACUUGAUUUCAUGUUGUGUAGGACCUCCUAUCACUUGACUUCAUGUUGUGUAGGACCUCCGUGGCUUGGCAACUUUUGUUUCCAUAUUAUAAGCCUGGCAGGGUGGCAUUGGGAUGUGUAAGGGAUUCUCAUUGGCUGGUUGGAUAAAGUUACCGUAGCCCAAAUGUUUAGAAACACAAAUUAAUUGCAACCCUCUGGGCAAAUACUCUGUACUGGGCAAUGUCAACAUGUAGAGCUUCAGGGCUUUGCCCAACCAUUGGCCAACUCUCUCUUUCAACUUCUGUAUCAGUUUUAAAGACGUUCCAUUUGGGACUGAAGGAAAACAAUUUCCCAGGUGGGGCAGGAAACAGCCUCAGAAUUGGGGUUGGAAGUGAUUUGUGGGGUGACCCUUAACCCUAGUGCCGUGGCUCCCACACAGAAAGACAAACAAAAACCUUAAAAAAAGGGGGACUUUUGUAAGUAGAACUUGGACAUAUUUCACCCCAAAAUGACUUGCCCCUGACUUACACUGUGAGACGCCCCCCGGGUGCCCCCAGUAAUAAACAAUUUGUCUUCCCCCCCCCCAAAACCAUAAAUGAAUAUUGUGCGUCAUUAGUGUCGGAGGACAAAGUGUGUGUGUGUUGUGUACAAGUUGUGAUAGGGCCCCCCCGUGCCCCUUGUACAGUAAUCACAUGACUUUUUUGUAUUUAUUUAUUUAUUUGCGCAUUUGGAAGGGGGCGGGGCACAGAAACAACACGGCGACUGUUACUUUGUUACUCCUCCCUCUCUCUGUAGUGAUGCUCCCCCCCCCACGCUAUGGUGCUAUCAUCCAGUUGCACUAACCCCUCUCCCCUCUGGCCCAUAUGUUACACACCCGUGCCAUGCGUUGCCCUCCCGAAACCCAACGUUCCCUGUGAGGGGCAAGAAAUAGUGGAAUCUGCUACGACUUUUCAUUAAAAUGUUACUACUAUU